AAGAAGCAUCUCAAGGGAGAUUUUGCCUUUCCCGUGAGCAGAAGUAGUGUCCUCCAGACUCUGCAGGAGCCCAGCUUGGAUCGGCUGGUCUGGGAGCCAUGAAUGCUUCGUGCUGUCUGCUCUUUGUUCACCCAACGCUGCCUAACAGCUCAGAGCACCUCUCAGCCCCUUCCUUCAGCAACAAGACCAGCAGCAGGUUCUGUGAGCAGGUCUUCAUCAAGCCGGAGGUCUUCCUGGCUCUGGGCAUCAUCAGCCUGCUGGAAAACAUCCUGGUCAUCCUGGCCGUGGUCAGGAAUGGCAACCUGCACUCCCCCAUGUACUUCUUCCUCUGCAGCCUGGCGGUGGCCGACAUGUUGGUGAGUGUGUCCAACGCCCUGGAGACCAUCACAAUCGCCAUCGUCAACAGCAACUACCUGACCUUCGAGGACCAGUUCAUCCAAUACAUGGACAACAUCUUCGACUCCAUGAUCUGCAUCUCCCUGGUGGCCUCCAUCUGCAACCUGUUGGCCAUCGCCAUUGACAGGUAUGUCACCAUCUUCUACGCGCUACGUUACCAUAGCAUCAUGACCGUGAGGAAGGCCCUCACCUUGAUCGUGGGCAUCUGGGUCUGCUGCGGCGUCUGCGGCGUGGUGUUCAUCGUCUACUCAGAGAGUAAGAUGGUCAUCGUGUGCCUCAUCACCAUGUUCUUCGCCAUGAUGCUCCUUAUGGGUACCCUCUAUGUGCACAUGUUCCUCUUCGCCCGGCUGCACGUCAAGCGCAUCGCAGCACUGCCCGCUGCCGAUGGCAGCCCCCAGCAGCACUCCUGCAUGAAGGGAGCCGUCACCAUCACCAUCCUGCUGGGGGUUUUCAUCUUCUGCUGGGCCCCCUUCUUCCUCCACCUGGUCCUCAUCAUCACCUGUCCCGCCAACCCCUACUGCAUCUGCUACACGGCCCACUUCAACACCUACCUGGUUCUUAUCAUGUGCAACUCUGUCAUCGACCCCCUCAUCUAUGCCUUCCGCAGCCUGGAACUACGCAACACCUUUAAGGAGAUUCUUUGUGGCUGCAAUGGAGUGAACUUGGGCUAG